CUGAAGCCACAGGCACGCGGGUGGACACAUUCUUGAGUGAAGGAUUUCUGAUUAAAGUCAAGGUUGUCCAGUUUAAAGUCGAGGCUAUCAACCGCGGAGGAUUGAUCUUUUCUCACAUAAUUCCACACAGAGAUUUGAGAGAUGUUUAGUUUCAACUCAUGUUUGAAAUAUGUGUCUGCACAAUACAGGGAUUGUCGGGAAUAAUAUUAAAGAAAACAACUACUUGUGUUUUGUUUAUAUUAUUUUGCCUUCGAAGUUUUUUAGUAGGUAGUGCCGUACUAUUCCUGAAAUAAAAGUUGUGCGUGCGUAUUUUCGAGGUUAUCUAACGCUUGUAAUUAAAACAGUAUUAUUCACGUUUUGAAACGGGGACUUCACGUGCUCGUGCACUGUUCGUUCCAACUCGGAGAAAUGCUUCGACGCUCUCGUGGAAAGUAUGACAUGUUGGACAAUUUCUUCAAAUAAACAUCCAUUCGUAUUUUUUCACUAGCUUGUUUCUCAGAAGUUGCAAGUGGAGCUAUUCACGUAGCUAUUGGAUUUGUGAGGUUUCAACCACAUUUUGACUGACCAAAGGCUGACUGACUGUUUGUUGGAAAUGAACCUGUGAUGUGAAAAAGACAUCCGUUAAAUAACCGUUGGAAUUGUGCUUGAGCGUACCGGAAAUUAUCUGCUUUAACGGCAGACGGAUCGUAAUACCUAACCGGUUGUUCGUAUGGGAUCUAUCAUGGUUUUACUGAAUAUUCUGAGCGUCCUGUUUUUAUUGGAUGAGGUGGUACUUUCCAUGGCCAGCCAUUCUGCCUUGUCAGGGCUGGGAACGCAUGGAUGGAGAGCCCCCAUGGACUGUCUGCGGGCCAGCGAGGUGUGCAACCAAAACUCACAGUGCAGCUCACGCUUUCGCAUCAUGCGCCAGUGCUUGGUAGGUCGUGACCGGACUACCAUGCUGGCUAACAGGGAGUGUCAGGCAGCCCUUGAGGUGCUGCAGGACAGCCCCCUGUAUGACUGCCGCUGCAAGAGGGGCAUGAAGAGGGAGCUCCAAUGUCUGCAGAGCUACUGGAGCAUCCAUAUGGGUCUUAAUGAAGGAGAAGAAUUGUAUGAGACGUCCCCAUAUGAGCCAAUGCAUCUCUCUGAUGAGUUCAGACUUGCCUCUAUUAUUUCUGCCAUGGACACAGCUUCUGCAAAAGGGAAUCUGUGCUCUGACACUGGCAAGCCCUGUAACCCUUGCCUGGAUGCUGCUAAGGCCUGCAACCUAAAUGACACCUGCAAGAGGCAACGUGCCAUGUAUAUGGCCACCUGCAACCGUGCAACUCCUAUACAGCAAGCUCAGGAACCCUGCAACCGGAAGCGUUGCCAUAAGGCUCUUCGGCAGUUCUUUGACCGUGUCGAGACGGAAUUCAGCUACCCACUGCUGUUCUGCUCCUGUCGGGAUAAAGCAUGUGCCGAGCGUCGCCGGCAAACAAUCAUGCCUGCAUGCUCUUAUGAGGAGAAGGCAAAGCCCAACUGCCUUGAGUUGAGGAGGACCUGCCGCUCAGAUCCGCUCUGCAGAUCCAGACUUGCAGACUUCCACAUGAAUUGCCUGACGACACCACAUUCAGUAACAAACUGUCCUAAUGAUAACUACCAUGGCUGUCUGGUCUCCUAUGUUGGACUAAUUGGUUCAGAUGUGACUCCUAACUACAUGGAUGCCAGCCACACUAACAUAACCAUCUCCCCUUGGUGUGGCUGUCGAGGCAGUAGAAAUCAUGAAGCUGAGUGUGAGGCCUUCCUCCGAGACUUCCGAGAGAACACUUGCCUGAGAAAUGCGAUACAGGCGUUUGGUUAUGGUACGGACGCAGCUCUAGUUCCCAUCACUGAGUCUCAGUCGGCGGCACCAUCAGUAAGAACCAAUCUGCAGCCGGCUAUCAUCACCAAGCAUGUCAUCAACUCAAAUGAUGUGAAGCCAAUCGACAGUGCAUGUGUUUUCUCCACAUGUGCUAACCUGCAGGACAGUGAGCAAACGUGUCCUCCCUCUAACAGUUUUGAAUGUGCUGAUGAGCAGAAUGUGAUAAAUCCCAAUAUGGAGGGAUCCAUUGACUCAGUGGGCUCCCAGCAGGCAGACAACAACAGAGCCAGACAUUCAUCUGUGACUUCAAUGAGUGUUUCAGCCGUCACAGUGAUGCUGGCCUUUGCACUGGUCAAUCAGCUUCUGUAAACACAGCCUGACUCUGAACACCAGGAACGAUCCAAUGGAAACUUCUGACCUCAAUCAAAGAACUUCUAAAAAGUGACAUUGAUCUCUCUCUCUCUCUCUCUCUCUCUCUCUCUCUUAGUGUGUGUGUGUCUAGAUGUGUACCACACACCAUCUUCAAAAACAACAAAACAUUAGGAGGAGUUUCCAGAAGUCUGCUUGUAACCCAUUGCCCCAUCAAAGAGAGAGUGAGGAAGCCACAAAUGUUUUUUAAGCUGAUGUGGAAGUUGUGAAGCUGACAGCGGAACUCUGAGAACGUCUAUAAAGACAAAAAGAGAGCUUCUACAAACUCAGUGGGAUAAUUCUCUUGCAAGGAAGGAAGUAGCCAGUAAUGUUAUCUAACAUGACGAUUGACAGUUGAUCAUGAACACGCUAGAAAAUGCAGCCAUGCAUUACAGCAAAGACUGAUGAUCUUUUGACUGCUUUGAGUGCCCCAUUGAUGAAGUCUCUGUAUAUUUACCUUGAGAUCAGACAUAGAAUAUCUAUUUAAAUGGAUAGUUCACCUAAAAAUGGAAAUUCUGUCAUCAUUUACUCACCCACAUGUUGUUUCAAACCCAUAUGAUUUUCUCUCUUCUGUGAAAUACAAAAGGACAUUUUGUGGUUGCUCAUUUCAGUUACAAUGAAUGAGGAUUAAAGCUUGCAAACUUAAAUUAUGCAAAAGAAUGAUAGAAGUAACAUAAGUGGUAAAUUUGACUUGUGCACUAUAUUCCAAGUCUUCUGAAAUCAUAUGAUAGCUUUGACCAAAAUUUACGUUGUUAUUCACUGAUAAUCUAACUCUCCAGACAGCUUUUAACUGUUGCGAUUGGAUCGUGUCAGUUCCUGAAUCCAAAUAUCCCCACUACUCUAUAAAGUCUGCAAAAAACAACAUGCCAAUGGAGUAGUAUCCGAAUCCUCAGUAUUUAUAAAACAGUAAACAAUAAAUUCCCAGAUGACCUACUAUUUCCGGCGAGAUUCUGAAUUGCAGAUCAACUAGAUGCUUUACUAUCCCAUAAUGCCUCGGAAGCUUAGGUGACGUCACAUUCAAAUUGAUGGCAGAGAACCACGAGUCUGCAAACUGUAAGUGCUGCAUAUACCAAGAAAGUUGUUACCUGUGUUUAAAUUGCACUUGUAUAAUUUUUACGGCAUAUAUUCGGGUCACAGGACAAUGCCCACAUUCCAAGAUGAAAUAUGUCAAGAAUCCAUUCAUACUAUCUAAAGAACAUACUGUUUUACCUGCCGAGAAGUGCGUCCUUCAUCAAAUAAGUACAUAAUCUGACAAUAGGUGAUUUCGGACACAGCUAGAGAGUUCAAGAACUCAAAAACCGGUCGUGAACGAAUCAUUCCAACUGGUUUUCAUGAACUGGAUCAACUGAUUCCUUGAAAAGACUUAAAUCACUGAACAUUUAAUUCACGCUUUGGACAUAAUUACUUCUCUCAUGAAUGCACCAAUGAGAGCUAGGCCGGAUCUAAGGAUUUUCUGCAAAUAACAACGUUAAUUUUAGUCUGUUCUUCACACCAUGGAAUUAAAAGUCUUCUGAACAUGUAUUUAUACAAUGCAUUAGUCGUAUGGACUAAAUUUUUUAUGCUUUUGCAUCCUUUUUGAAGCAUGAAAGCUCUAGUCCCCAUUUAUUGUAAUUGCAUGGAGAAAAAAUAAAAAAAUAAAACAACACCCAGUACAUUCUUCAAAAUUUCUCCUAUUGUGUUCCAUGGAAGAAAGAAAGUCGUGCGUAGUUGGCACGACAUGAAGAUCAGGGACAUGAGGCACAGAUUUUUGAUUUUGGGUGAACAAUUCCUCUUCGUUAAUCUUCUGUGCACAUCUGUAAAAUAGUGCCCACUGCCUUGGUCAUUACAAAUUAUUACAUGUAAAUAUUUCUUUUGUUGGGAAAAAAAAAAAAAAAAAAUGGAUGGAUGGAUGGAUGGAUGGAGUGUGUCCUUUUUCAUUUCUAUAAUUUUUUCAUCCAACAAGGAUUAAUCCGUGACAGAUUUUAAAUUUGGCGAAACUUGGACUAUACUAAGUGGACCAUACUGUUGUGUGUACAAUGUGUUUAAUGAUGUUUGUAAGUAUGUGAGAUUCCUUGAGAACAUGUUGAGCUUUUUUCCUGUUUUAUCUCUGAAGAACCAAGCAUGUGCUGGAAAGCAGGGAGACGUGUGGAACUAGAAAAAAAGGGGAGCACCAUGUGAAAUGUAAUGCCAUGGAGAGUCGUCAGUGCCAAUGAUGUUCAUUUAAGGAUGUUAUUAUGUGUAAUCAUUUCUUUCUCGCCAAAAGUCUUGGAUUAUAUUUAAGGAAAAAUGCUCCAGGGAAAGUGGAACAAAAGAUCCAUAUACGCAGCUCUGGGUCAAUUGUUGAUGUAUUUUAUAGUGUGCAAUCUAUCGUGUGGCCUUACUUUUUUGUCUUUGCUCUGUUCCUCUCUCUAAUGUAAUGGUUUGAGACCUUGCCACUUGCAGAGUGCCACCAGGACUGACUGAGAUGAUUUCAGACGUUCAAAAAUAGUAGCUCUUAUGACUCAAAUGUCUUGGUUCAUUUGUGAUGCUUUAAAAUGAAGCAAAACUGAGGCUCAAGAAUGUGUCAAAAAUAUUUGUCUAAAUCUGAAUAAAAAACAUCCUAGUAAUGUC